AUGGCCAUCGAUAAGGAACUCAACGUCACCGACACCUACGAGCUCGGCAUCACAGAUCUGCAUACCGACGACACGACUUGGCUCCGCGCAAUGUGGCCGACCGACGCCAACGGCAUGGUGGAGAUGAAGACUAUCUUCCCUGGCUUCUACAUCGAGCGCGCCAUCCACAUCCACGUCCAGGUCUAUACCGACUGGACCCUCCACGACAACGGCACCGUCACUUCGGGCAACCUGAUAAGCACCGGUCAGGUUUAUUUCGACGAGGACGUGGAGCAGCAGAUCAUGGCGCUGGAGCCCCAGGACACCGAAGGUGGCUACAACCCUGUGUUCAGUAUUGUUGCGGCCGAUGGGGAGAAGGUUGAAAAUGGCAUGGUGGGAUAUACCACAGAUAACAAGGUCCUCGCGUCAGCAAUGGGCUUCGUCUCGCCGCACAACACUGCUCCUGCGCCUGCUAUGCUGAGCAAUUCAAGAGAAAACCCGCGUGAUGCCAAGAUCAUUCUAAUGGUCUCGAAGAUUUGUCUUCAUCAGCUGAGAGCACAGAACUAA